UUUAAUCUUUACGAACUUGUAAUUGAAGAGAAAAGUAUGAGAUAUAUAUUAAAUUAAAAUCUUUGUAUAUUAAUAAUUGAAGAAUGGAAGAAAAUAAUUUAAUAAAACCUGAAAAUGAAGAAAAUAUAAAGGAAAUAACUUGGCAAGAUUUGGGUAUUGUGGAUGCAUUAUGCAAAGCAUGUGAAGAUCUGAAAUGGAAAUCGCCUACAAAAAUUCAGCGUGAAGCUAUCCCAUUAACACUUGCAGGUAAAGACAUAAUAGGAUUGGCAGAAACUGGUUCUGGAAAAACUGCUGCAUUUGCUCUUCCUAUAUUACAAGCACUCUUAGAGAAUCCUCAAAGAUAUUUUGCUUUAAUUUUAACACCUACCAGAGAAUUAGCUUUUCAAAUAUCAGAACAAUUUGAAGCUUUAGGAUCAAGUAUUGGAGUAAAAUGUGCAGUAAUAGUAGGUGGAAUGGACAUGAUGUCUCAAGCAUUAGUGUUAGCAAAAAAGCCACAUAUUUUAAUUGCUACUCCAGGUAGAUUAGUUGACCACUUGGAAAACACUAAAGGUUUUAAUUUACGUUCUUUAAAAUUUUUGGUCAUGGAUGAAGCAGAUCGUAUUUUGAAUAUGGAUUUUGAAAUUGAAGUAAAUAAAAUUUUAAGAGUAAUUCCACGAGAAAGAAGAACAUUGCUAUUUUCUGCAACAAUGACAAAAAAAGUACAGAAACUACAACGUGCAUCUUUGCAAAAUCCUGUUAAAGUAGAAGUUUCAACAAAGUAUCAAACUGUUGAAAAAUUACAACAAUACUAUAUCUUUAUUCCUGUUAAAUUUAAGGAUGUGUAUCUUGUACAUAUUUUGAAUGAAUUAGCAGGUAAUAGUUUUAUGAUAUUUUGUGCAACUUGCAACAAUACAGUUAGAACUGCUCUCCUUUUGCGAAAUUUGGGUUUCACUGCUGUCCCUUUACAUGGACAAAUGUCACAGAAUAAAAGAAUAGCUGCUCUUACUAAAUUUAAAGCGAAAAAUCGAUCUAUACUUAUUUCCACAGAUGUUGCUAGCAGGGGUCUUGAUAUUCCACAUGUAGAUAUUGUAAUAAAUUUUGAUAUACCUACACAUAGUAAAGAUUAUAUACAUAGAGUUGGACGUACUGCACGUGCUGGUCGUUCUGGUCGUUCCAUUACGUUUGUAACACAGUAUGACGUAGAAUUAUAUCAAAGAAUAGAACAAUUGAUAUCAAAGCAAUUGCCAUUGUAUCCAACACAAGAAGAAGAAGUAAUGGUGCUGCAAGAAAGAGUAUCUGAAGUACAACGUAUUGUGAAAAUGGAAAUGAAAGAUAUUGAGGAUAAUAAAAAGUUAGGUAAGCGAAAGAAGCGUCAAGAUGACAACGAAGAUGAUACGGAACAAUCUAUGGGAGUCAGGAAAAGAAUAAAAGGAAAACACAAAGGAAAAGGAAAAAGGAAUUAAACACUUUAACUGCCUUAUCAAGGACUGCAAAACGAUUCUCAUCAAAGGUGCACUGAAGAAUAAUGUAAUGCUGCAUAAAGUGAAAAAUGCUUGAUUUAACUUGUAUCUAGUUUCCACUGUAAAGUAUGCUAAUUAAAAUGCUGUAAUAUAAACUGCAAUUCUUAUUGAUCUAACUUCUGUUAAUGUAUCGUUAACAAGCAUGACAACUUUGAUAUACGUUAAAAUAUUGAACACCAUUAAAGGGUCAUGGACAUUGGA